AUGAACAAGCUCCGUUAUUUCAGCAUUGAGCGCUGCACUAUCUCUGAGAUAAAGAUGGGAAGUAUAUGCAUCAAAAGCAAGACGGUUUCUCCUCUACACAAUCCGAGAGAGCCAUGCUUCUUGAGCCUCACCAAAGUGAAUAUACUACUUUGCGGAGGUCUGAGGGAGCUAACGUUGCUGAUGUUUGCUUCAAAUCUUAAAAAACUUACUGUUAAGCAUGCAGAUCAUCUUGAAGAUAUAAUAGAGAAAGGAAAAUCUUAUGAAGGUAGAGAAUCAGGGAUUGUUCCUUUUGGAAAGCUGGUUUCUCUUAAGUUGCGGAAUCUACGGGAGCUUACGAAUAUAUACUGGAGUCCUCUACGCUUUCCAUGUCUAAAGAAAUUUGAAGUAAUCGAAUGUCCAAAUCUGAAAAAGCUUCCUUUGGAUUCUCAAAGUGGCAUGCAUGGUGAAAAUGGACUCGUCUUGGAAUACAAAGAUGAAACUUGGAUUGAAGGUGUGGAAUGGGAGGACGAAGCUACAAAAAGUCGCUUCUUAUCUUCAUGCAAAUUGGUAUAA